AUGUAUGCGAACAACGAAGAAUUUAUUACUCUUCAAAAAAUUGAAAAAGAGUUAUAAGGCGACCAUGUAUUAUUUAAUAUUUGUAAGUAAAUCGUAUAAUAAAAUUCAAAUAUACGAUUAUUGUAAUUCUUCUUUGAAUUUUUUAAAAUACUUCUAUCAAAUUCAUACUUAAAGGAUGUGACACAAAAAGCAAUCAAAAUUUUUAAUGCCUUCAUUUAAAAAUCAAAACAGAGAAAUAAAGAUGCUUAAAUCAGUGAUUUAAGUCAUUAUAUCAAUCAGAAGUAUUUCGAUAUAUUAGCUAAUUACUACGAAAAGGCAGUGUUAGGAGGAAUAGAAGAAGCAAAUAAGCAUAUCAAUUACAUUUAUUUUAAAAAAAUUGUUAAGGAUUAUAUUGAUUAGCCUUAAAAUUAAAAUCAAUAAUCCGCUAAAUCUAUACUAACCUUAAUUGAACAAACCUAUAAAAAUUUCUAAGGUACCACACCCUCAGAUUUUGAAAUAUAACUAUAUGAAAGCUUAAAUUCAGAAGAAUAAGAAUUAUUUGCUUAGAUUGUCUCUGAUGAUCAAAAUAAAGUAGCUAAAAAGUAAGAAAGCUUAUUCGAUAAAUUUUUAUUAACCUUCCCAAACGACCUCCAAGAUAGAUAUAAAACUUAAAACUGUAGUACUGUUUAUGAAUUCUAUAAGUGUUUACAAAAAUAAAAGGUUGGGGUAGAAAAAGUCUUAGGUUUCAUUUUUUAAGAAAAAUUGAAUUAUUAUGUGAAUUAAUAAUAUUUGAAUAUCCAAACUUAGAAGGCAAAAGCGAGAAAAAAUGAUCUACAAAAUACAUUAAGUGAACUAGAGAAGAAUAUUUUAGAAUAAAAUAAAGAUUAUUUUAGUUUUGUGGAAAUUUCAUAUGUGAAAUACUUUUACAAAAGUAUCAAAGCAAAAAAGUGUUAAUAAAGUCUUUAGUAAAAUUUUUCAUUUCGAAGGAAAUUAUUGGAGUUUAUAAAACAAGAAAUAAAUGCUGCCCAAACACCAAAGUAGUGGAAACCAUUCCCUUAAAAUAUAUGGUAAGAGAUUUAUUAAGAGCUUUAUUCAAAUUUAAAUGACAUAAAUAAUUAAGAGGAUGCCAAUUUAUAAUUUAAAAUCAUCUAAUCAAUACAACAAUUGAUAAUUUACUUCUUCCGUUUUAGAUGGAAUUAUUUAUUUUUAUUUUGUGUAAUUAUUGUCGAAGCCAAUUUUAGUAAUGAUGAAUUAGAUAAUAUGAUUAACAUUGCUUAUGAUAUGAUGACUUCUACAACAAGGAGUAAUUUGAAUAUUCCUUUUGGAAAAAUCUUAAGUAUGUUUAAUGAAAAAGCUAAAACCUAAAUAACCUCUGUAUACUUUGAACGACAAGGCUAAAAUUUGGGUUACGAUUCAUUACUUUUAGUCGAGAGCUAAUUAAAGUUUAUUAACAAUAAACUUAUCAAACUAAUUCUGCAAACUAGUUCAUUUUAAAAUAAAGUGAAAAUUUAUGGGGAAUUAAAACAUUUUGAAUUGAAGUUGAUGAGUGAUUGCAGAGAGCAUUUAAAAAAUUAUAAAAAAGUUUUUGAAUAAUUGGCAGAUUGUAUUUUGGAGGGAGAAAAAGAAGAGAAAGAAUGGAAAGCUUAUUUUUAUAAGAGUCUAACAGGUUCUUAUUUUUAAAAGUGGUAUUCCAUUUAUAGGGAAAAACAAAACUUGGAAAAAAAUAAUAUGUAAUAAUUCUGGCUAUAUGCUUUGUCUAUUUAAACAUUGAAAUAGGAUUACUAAAAUAAAUAAUUAGGGUUGUAUUAGGAUGUUUUUGAAAGGGAGGAAAAAAUAUGUAAUAUUUGCAUUCAGUUUAUCUAAAGAGACGUUGAAAAAAUCUACAUGUAAUUUUAAUAAUUGCAACCUGCUUAAUAGCAAAACUUAGAAGGUUAUAAGGAACUCAUGUAGAAUUUCAUAGAUAUUUUUCUUAAGGAUAAUCCCUUUAUUAUCUUUUUGCCUUCAUUGUUAAGAGGAAUUCCUUAGAAUAGAUCGAAAUCUCUUAACAUAGAGAAGAUCGAAAGGGAUUAAGUUUCUAGCUGUUGCUUUCAAGGAUAAGAGUUAAAGUGA